AUGUCAGAGAUUACUUUAGGUAGAUACCUUUUCGAAAGAUUGAAGCAAGUCAAUGUUAAUACCAUUUUCGGGCUACCAGGCGACUUUAACUUGUCUCUGUUGGACAAGAUAUACGAGGUCGACGGACUAAGAUGGGCUGGUAAUGCCAAUGAGCUGAAUGCAGCCUAUGCCGCCGACGGGUACGCCCGUAUUAAGGGGCUGUCCGUGCUGAUUACGACUUUUGGUGUUGGUGAGUUAUCCGCCUUGAACGGUAUUGCAGGUUCGUAUGCUGAACAUGUUGGUGUGCUGCAUGUUGUCGGUGUGCCCUCUGUCUCAGCACAAGCCAAGCAAUUGCUACUGCACCAUACCUUGGGUAAUGGUGACUUCACUGUUUUCCACAGAAUGUCGACCAACAUCUCGGAGACCACAUCGAUGAUUACCGACAUUGCUACGGCUCCCUCAGAGAUCGACCGGCUGAUCAGAACUACGUUUGUCACGCAAAGACCCAGCUAUUUGGGACUACCAGCCAAUUUGGUGGACUUGAAGGUUCCCGCUUCUCUUCUCAACAAGCCGAUUGACCUGUCGUUAAAGCUCAACGACCCGGAAGCCGAAAAGGAAGUCAUCGACACUGUGCUGGAACUGAUCCAGAAUUCCAAGAACCCUAUUAUUUUGUCUGAUGCCUGUGCCUCUAGACACCAUGUUAAGAAGGAGACCCAAAAAUUGAUUGACUUGACUCAAUUCCCAGCCUUUGUGACGCCUUUGGGUAAAGGUUCAAUCGACGAACAACACCCCAGAUACGGAGGUGUUUAUGUGGGCACGCUGUCCAAGCCAGACGUGAAGCAGGCCGUCGAGUCGGCCGAUCUGAUCCUUUCCGUUGGUGCCUUGCUGUCCGAUUUCAACACAGGUUCUUUUUCCUAUUCCUACAAGACAAAGAAUGUGGUCGAGUUCCAUUCCGACUACAUCAAGGUAAAGAACGCAACUUUCCCGGGCGUUCAGAUGAAGUUUGCCCUGCAAAAGUUGCUAAGCGUCAUACCCGGGGUGAUCAAAGGCUACAAGGCUGUCCCCGUGCCAACAAAGACUCCCCCCAACAAGGAAGUGGCUACCAGCACUCCCUUGAAGCAGGAAUGGCUAUGGAACGAGCUGUCCAAGUUCCUGCAAGAGGGCGACGUUAUUAUAUCCGAGACAGGCACGUCCGCGUUCGGUAUAAACCAGACAAGCUUCCCGAAGGACGCCUACGGCAUUUCGCAAGUUUUAUGGGGCUCCAUCGGGUUCACUACAGGCGCGACCCUGGGCGCUGCGUUCGCCGCGGAGGAGCUCGACCCCAGCAGGAGAGUCAUCCUGUUCAUCGGUGACGGGUCGCUGCAAUUGACUGUGCAAGAAAUAUCCACCAUGGUCAGAUGGGGGUUGAAGCCGUACCUUUUCGUCCUAAACAACGACGGGUACACCAUUGAGAAGUUGAUUCACGGGCCUCACGCGGAGUACAACGAAAUUCAGACCUGGGACCACCUCGCCCUGUUGCCCACGUUCGGCGCCAAGAAAUACGAAAACCACAAGGUCGCCACUACAGGCGACUGGGACAAGCUGACCAGAGAUCCGGAGUUCCAGAAGAACUCCGUGAUCAGACUGAUCGAACUAAAGCUUCCCGUGUUUGACGCUCCAGAGAGUCUGAUCAAGCAAGCGGAACUGACCGCGGCCACCAACGCCAAGCAGUAA